AAGGCAGGAAUUAACUCAGAUGAAGGAUCAAACUAUUAUGUUGAUGCUGUUACUACGCAAACCAUCCGCGCAUGCGCACGAUCGGCGUAAUCUUUGUUAUUGUUUUACGACAUUUACGUUCCUUUACGCUCGCAGCAAAUCAGUGGGCUUAAUUCUAUUCGUACUGCGUUAAAUAUUUCUUUUAUACGUUUAUACUUAUUCGGCCAUCGUAUGAAAACUACACUUUAUUAUUACUUUUAUGAUAAACUCGAUUUAGUGGACACUGGACCUUCCCAGGCGAGUGUAGCUUAGCUUGUUAGCUGCUAACAAGCUAAGCUAACUAAGCUAGCCCGAAAAGCUCCGGAGUUUACUGAGACGAAUCGACCCAAAUUAGUAAGGUGUAGUUUCUUAUCCGAUGGACGAAUACACACGAACACAGAAACGAAGGAAUUAAUGCAGAUGAAGGAUCGAACUGUUCGUUUCUGUUGAUACUGUUGCUACGCGAUUGGUCCGCGCAUGCGCACGACCGCCAUAAUAUUUGUUAUUGUUAUUUACCUUUUUUGUUAUUGUUUUACGACAUUCACAUCAAAGAAACCUCAAGUUGUGCUCCACAGAACAGACGUCUGUGACGCUUGAGGAGCGCGAGCGGACCUCCAGGAUGGAGCAGCAGGAGCCACAGUCCCCCCACCUUAAAGAGGAAGACGACGAUCCACAGCCUCCCCGCUUUAAAGAAGAAGAGGAAGAGUCACAGACUCCUCGCAUUGAGGAUAUACAGUCCCUUCACGUAAAAGAGGAACUGGAGGAUCCACAGCCCUCCUACGUCAAAGAGGAAGAGGAGGAACACCGCGUCAAUCAUCUGGAAUGGCUGCAGGAGUUCCGACUGACCGGUGUGGUGGUGAAGAGUGAAGAUGGCCAGGUGAAAGGUGAAAGUGGGGAGAAGAGCGACGUGGAACCUCCCAGCAGCAGCUCAAAACACGAAGAAGAUGAGGGAGGAUCCCAGGCGGACAAGGUCAAAGCUCCACUGUCAGACGGCGAGGACACGAGGUCACACUCUGACGGUGAGGACUGCAAAAGUGACAACACACACUUCACAUGCGCGCACUGCCGCAAAACUUUCAACCACCGCUGCAGUCUGAAACGACACAUGCGAAUACACACCGGGGAAAAACCCUUCAUCUGCUUAGUUUGCGGUAAAAGAUUCUCUCAGGGGGCGAACUUGAAAGUACACACACGGACGCACACCGGAGAAAAACCCCACUCCUGUCCCAGCUGCCUUAAAAGCUUCUGUGACCCGUCGGCGCUGGUUGUGCACAUGAGGACGCACACCGGAGAAAAACCAUUUGUCUGUUCAGAGUGCGGCGAAAGUUUAGUCAAUAGUCAGUGUUUGAAGGUACACAUGCGGAGGAAGCACACCGGCGAAAGACCGUAUUCCUGUUCCAGCUGUGACAAAAGCUUUUGUGACCGGUCGGCGCUGGUUGUGCACGCGAGGCGACACACGGGGGAGAAAGUGUUCAGCUGCAGUGUGUGUGAGGAAAGAUUCUCUUACAAGUACCAGUGUAAGAAACACAAGUGUGCUGGGGGGAGCAGCGGCGGCCAAUGAGGCCGCACCGUUUCAAAGCAACUUUCACAACUUGAACAUCACCAAAUAUCACAACACAAUCUUCUUAACAUGCUUCUCCUGUUUACAAAUGGUGACAGUACACGAUACAAAUAUAUAUACACAUACAUAUAUGUA